AUGGUCCGCGUAGAAAUCGGCGGCAGGCCCAUCAUUGAUGUUGACACCCGCCCAGGCGAUGUUGGGCGACUCAAACAGCAAAUCCGGCGUAGGAUGCGAGGUGGCCGAACUGUACAUCUGAGCUGGACAACGACCACGCCUCGACUCGUGUUGACGAGUGACACUGAAGACUUUGACCCGACAAUAAUAUCUCAUUUCCAAGAGGAAGGAUUUCAGCUGAGCUAUCUUCAAUAUGAAGGAGACAAGGCGGCCUAUAUGGCACAGCUCCAGCACUUACAAGACCCCCUGGAGCUGGGGGAGCGCUAUGCUAUCGUAGCCUACGGCGAUGCUGCAACUCUGGUUCUGGAAGCUUGUAUGAAGCCCAUGCCCAAGCUUGUUGCUGUUGUCGCAUACUAUCCAGGACAUGUCCCAAAGACCACAACCAGUUUCCCUCCGACCUUGAACGUGUUGAUCCACCUGGCCGCCUCGCAGAGAUGGGGCACACGCUUCCCGUCAUAUCGCUACGAGAACACCCGACCAGGCUUCGCCGAGCACGACCUCGAGGAAUUCGACAAGAUUGGCACCUCGUUAGCCUGGUCGCGAACGCUAGGCCUGCUUCGCUUAGCCUUUGAUAUCGAGGGGCCCGACCUUGAAACAAUCUGGGAGGCUCAUACGCGACUCGAGUUUGGGGAAAAGGACGUCGAUAAGACCAUGGCGACCAUGGUGCCUCAGCCAUACGUGAACCACGUCCCCACCAUGACGGGUGGAAUCGGUCACGACCAGCUUCGCCGAUUCUACGCCGACUUUUUCAUCCCCAACAACCCCCCCGACAUGCGGAUACGGCUCCUGAGCCGAACGGUUGGCGUGGACAGGGUGGUCGACGAGAUGUUUGUCUCAUUCACACACACCACCGACAUACCCUGGAUGCUGCCGGGCGUGCCGCCAACGAACAAAAAGGUGGAAGUCGUGCUGGUCAGCGUGGUGUGCCUGCGUGGAGGCAAGUUGUUCCACGAGCACAUCCACUGGGAUCAGGCGACCGUGCUCGUGCAAGUGGGACUGCUGGAUCCAAAGUACAUUCCGAAGACAUUCAGGACCGCCGAGGAAGGGAGGGAGGAGGAGGUCGAGAGGCUACCUGUUUGGGGAAGGGAAGCCGCGAGGAAGGUCCUGGACGAGGACAGUUCGGAGAGCAAUGAGUUGAUUCUAGAUUGGUGA